UCUCAGAACGCCUGCGGCGCGCCUGGAGGCAGGUCGUUAGGCCGCCCAUUCACCUGCAGCGAGUCGUCACUGGAGCGAGGACACCUCACAGAAUGGAAUGGAAGAAAAGGCAACCAUGGCACUUUUUUCUGCUGGUGUCUCUUGUGAAAAUUCCAUCUGCCUGGCAAAUGGCCAGCAUCCUUUUUAUUGGACCAGACAAGCUUCCUGGAACUUACCAUUGCUCAGGCCAUGUACUUUCAAAUGGGUACAGAAGGAAUGAUCCAUGCCACACAUAUGUCAGAAAGAAUGUAACUCUGCUUAGCAACAGUAAUUCUUCUGAAGGUGAAGAAACAAUGUUUUGUGAAGAUUUCAAAUUUACUGACACUUACUACAGCAUCGUUGACCAGUGGCAACUUGUUUGUCAACGGAAAAUCCUGGUAUCAGUAUCUCAGUUGCUGUACUUGAUGGGAGUUUUGUUCGGAGGAGUGGCGUGCACAUUUUUACUGUGGAUAGUGCCGCCAGAUCUGGUUCUGAUCGGUGGCACGACUGUUCAGAUACUCGCCGGUGUGGCUGUCGCUUUUACACCAUAUUUUGUUCUGCACUGCUUAUUGCGCUUCUUGACGGCAGCCGCAUGCACCUGUAUGUUCACCUCUGGUUACAUGAUAUGUACAACAAUGAUGAAAGGUAAAGGGAAGAUUGUGGCUUCAUGUUGCUACGAACAUCUCUGGUCUGUUGGAGUAAUUACUCUUCCGUGCAUAGCACACCUGUUCAACGACUGGCGUCACUUCCAGUUAGCUAUCUCGUUACCCAGUAUGGUCAUUCUCUUGUGCGCCAGGUUCGUGCCAAACUGCCCAGGAUGGGAACCUAGAAAGAAGAAAAAACAAAGAGCUAUUGAAGUAGGACAAGAUGCUUCACCGUCCAGCGAAAAUCAAAUGAAGGUGGCAGUAAUAGCGCUGUCAGAAACGAGUGCGAAGGACGAUAAAAUGUCGCUGCCCCCUUUGCGCAAGAGCUUCCGACGUUGGUCGAGGUACGCAGCGGUCCAUUGCAUCUGGAUUUUUACCUUAGUGAGCUAUUACGGUGGUUUGCUCAACGCCAAGAACUGGGGGUCCUCACUGCUGAUAAACACCAUCGGUGCGGGAGUAGCAGAAAUAGCAGGCACAUUUCUUGGACUUUCGCUGCUUCUGUGGGCAUCCAAUCCGUGGCUCCCAAUGGGAAUAAUUAAUAUUACAGGAGGAACAGUGUAUAUAUUAUCCUGGAUUUUGCCAGAUGGCCGUUUUUGGGAAAGCAGUGCCUUUAACAGUUUUUGGAGCCUUCGCUGUUCUGGGAGGACUCUUUGCCUUGAUAUUAACUGCAUGUUCGGGUGACAGUGAUGAUGCUGGGACGGAAAGUGUGGAAGAUAAGUCACAAAGAGCUGAAAAUGGGAAGAAGAGAGAUAACAGAGGCGAAAAGGUGGAAGAAGGAAGUUAUGGUACAUAUAGGAGACGAAUGUCUACUUAAAGCCUCACGGUAUUGGAAAAGUUUUGCAGUGAGGUGUAUUACUGAGAAAAAGCAGUUCACGACAGCAGCUUAACGGCCGAAGUACUGCUUAAGUGUUACGUGUAGACAGAUGAGACAGAGCCAACGAAUGCACUCGCAUUCUUCUAGUGGACACAUGUUGUGGAAAGAAAAAUGAUUAUAGUUUUACAAUGAGGUUGUUAGCGAUACGAUAAAAGUAUCGAGUUAGUAAGUAGGAAACAUGCGACUGUGAUAUAUUU